AUGGCAGACGCUGCGAUGCCCGUGAAUGCAGCCGCAUCUGGCGAGUCUCCCGCGCAACUCAAGGCCCGCUUGAGAAGGGAACGUCUUGCUAGCAAGAGCAGUGGUGCAUCACGUCUACAGAAGAUCACUGCAUUGCAAGGAGGCCCCCCCAGAGCGCUCAGUGAAGUUGAGAAAGACGUGCCAGUCAAACCCUCUACACCAUCUCAGUUCAAUCCUGCAGCAGCCUCUGGCACCGCAACACCGGAUCCUGAGGAAGAAGACAUUUCGCAGCACCAUUACACGCCCGCCUCUCAGCCUCGACUCCCCUCGCCAUUUGCUCUUGAUGGCAAUACAGGUGGCCCUUUCGGUGAUGCUCCCGGAUCCGACCCAUCUCACGAUCCCAUGAUGGCCAUGCUCCAGCAGAUGAUGGGUGCAGGUGCCGGCGGAAUGCCAUCCGCCCAGCCAGGUGCAGCACCUGGAAAUCUCCCUCCUGGGCUAGCGAACAUGUUGUCUGCUAUGCAGGGUGGAGCUGCUCCUGCCGAACCAUUGCCAGAGAAAUCUUCCGCCUGGAUGUGGCAUCUCGUUCAUUCCAUCUUCUCGCUGGGUCUAGCAAUCUAUAUUGUGUUGCAGACACCUUUCACCGGGUCCAAGCUGUCGCGUGACAGUGUCGUAGAGGAGGAUUGGACUGUCGAGUCAAAGUCUGCGCAUAGCUUUGCAAAUUUCUUCUAUCUGUUCGCGACAUUCGAAGUGGUAAUGCAGUCGUCGCGCUACUUCAUCGAAAAGGGCCAGCUACAGGGCAGUGGCAUUCUGAACACAGUGGCAGGCAUUCUGCCGGCGCCCUAUUCCGGUUACAUCAAGACCAUUGGACGAUACAGCGUCAUUUAUAGUACCAUCAUGAGCGAUGCCAUGGUAGUUGUUUUCGUUCUGGGCGCUUCGAGCUGGUGGCGCGGCGCCGUGGUGGCAUAA